UGUUCUGCCAGAAGGAAGGGCCAUGUAUGAAAGCAAGGAAGACAGAGGCAGGCUGGAGAUAUGCUUGGUGCUCACGAGUGAGUAUCAGGCAGUGCUGAGUGACCCACUCAGUGUGACCUUGACCCCCAUUCAGACAACAUCAACCAUCUUUGUCAGAGCCGAACGAGAGUUGGACUACAGUCUGGAGGAAGUAUACGUAGAGUUUCCUGCUGGCAGUGGGGUUGGACACACACAGUGUGGCAACGUGUCUAUUUCUGUUGACGGUCUCAUUGAAGCAGACGAAUCGUUCAGCAUUCGGGCCACUGUCAACAGUCCAAGUUCUGUUCGAUUUGCUGGCAGCUAUCAGCAGACUGCCGUUGUAGAUGUCAUCAUUCGCGAUGAUGAUGAGUGUACUAUGGCAGCUGGACAGUGUAGACGGAACUGC